AUGUUAUUUCAGUCGGCGUCCCAUGGCUUCAAUCGGCAUCCCAUGGCUUCAGUCGGCGAUCCCCAACUUCGAUCGGCGAUCUACAUCGCCGUUCCGAUAUCCAAGAAAAGCGAAUUUGGGGAAGGUGGGUUCAAUUUUAAAAUCGUUCAAUCUAUCGAUCCAGGUCGCGUUCCCCAUGCGUUUGGAACGAAAUCGUACCCCGAUCCAGCACGCGCGAACUCGAACGAGGAUCGUGUCUAUGAGCGUGUUAAUGCCUUCGAAGAUCAAGAUGAUAAUUCACAAUGUAAUAUGGAGGAAGGGUCAUAUGAUCCGUUUGGAAUCUACGAAACAGUUGAAAAAAUGAAAGAGGAUGGAAGAAAUGCUAAGGAAGUAAAUUCAGAUGUUAUUGAUGAUGAUAUCCGGCAGCAGAAUGAAGUUUGCUUAGGUAAUGUUACUCGCCAUCAACCAUUGAAGGCUGGCCAGACAUCAAAACAGGGGCCGGUGGUCACUGUUCCAGCAACAGUUAAGCUUUCGGCAAAGGAAAGCUGCCCGGCAGCAGGUCCAGCUCCCUCUUCAGCCUCGAUUAUGGAUUACCCAAUACAUUACUCCAAUGAAGGAAAAAAUGAUGAAUGCAAGAAUACUCCUAUUGGGUUUGAUGGUGGAUUUGUUCCGGUUUCUGGUAUUGUAGAUUCGGAAGAUAAUUUAACAAACGCUCCAGGUUUUUCAAAUUGUAAUAGUUUAGAUGGCUGUUUGGGUAAUUCUUACAAUAAAGGGUCUUUCUUAAGUGAGAUCCAAAAAAUAUUGGAGAUGGGAAAAGCAAUGGGAGAUAAUUUGGAGGGGUGUUAUGACCGGGUAAAAGACCUUGUUGAAGGGAACGGAGAUAAAAUGGUGUUGAGAUGA